AUGGAGUCACUUGAGGCCCAAUUUGAUGCCCUUUGGGAGGAGAACCGUCAGAAAAGAAAAGAAAAGGUAGCGGAACUAAACAAUGAACUGAAGCGACGUGUACAUGCUGAUCUAGCUGCUACAUUGAAAUCUGUUCAAUCUUUAUUGGCGAAUGAGCAACCAGAGUUGGAGAAGCAAAUUGAGAAUUUGUUGCAUAUGACAGAUGAAUUAGCAGCGGGAGUUGAAAUGUGGCAACAGAAAGCCAUGAGCUCUAUUGAUUCUAUAGAUAAGGAACAAAAGAUAUUAGGAGGUAUGGUACAUGAAGUCUCUAUUCGUACCGCUGCUCGGAAGGAGGAUUUACUUAAACGGCAGCAGAAACGUGCAGAUGAGGUUCGUGCCUUGUGUAUGGAGCGGUUUAAGGAGGUGGAGUUAAAUUUAUAG